CUUUGUCUAGCGAACGCAACCAGUCAAGUCGUGUGUUGACUGACCCCUCCCUCCUACUCCUCUGGUGUACGGGAGUUCAGCUCCGGAUCAUAGUAAACCGAUUGAAGAAAAUAGUAACCUCCUCAGGAAGACUUAACUUUUGCUCACAACGCCUACUACGCGAUUGCUCCAGAUAUAAAAAGAAAACGACUUUUAUGGGAGUUUUGUAAUUGUUGUUGUGAAAAACAACGCAGUUUUGUGAAUUUUGACUGCUGAAAAGUGUUGGGAAGAGUGAGUGAAAGCUGUGCAAAAGAGAGAGAAAUCGGGAAAAGUGUGUUCCGGUAGUAUCAAGAGUGGAAACAAAGUUUUAUGGAUUUAGUUCAUACUAGUGACCAAAGUUAGUGAAUUGAAAAAGUUCUAAAUUUGGCGGCGUACGCCAGAAAUAAAAAGUCGCAGAUUGUGUAACCUCCUAGACAUAUCACAUUUCAAGAACGACCACAAUGGCUGUUCAAGUGGAUAAUUUGCUGUUAUCAGAAAUUGGACGCUCGAUAUCGUUGGACACAGCCUCGCGCCUAAGGGAAGCCGCCAUGAGUAAGCUGAUCCGCCAGGUGUCGAUCGAGGCGCCCGCGCCCAAAAUCAAGGACAGCGUGUUCAACCUGGUCGUACCGGUGCCGGACACACCCCCGCACGGAGCCCGCAUCCUGGUGGUGUACGCGGGGGCGUGCUAUCGCAAGAACCAGUCCACAUCGAUCUCGUCGAUCAGCAGUCAAAUCUCGGACACCGGCGACAUCACCACCUCGUUGUCCAUCCUGGCCAAGCAGAUGCAGGGCGGAAUCUGCUCCAGCAUCAGCGAGGAAGGCCCGGACAGCUCACCGGCCCAGGCCCACCAGACGUCGGUGGCCAUCCAGCACAACCCUUCGGCACAUCACGGCGUCCGGGACGGAGCCCUGUUCCCGGGCUUUGAAGUGGCCGGCGUCAUCGAGUCGCUCGGCACGGAAGUCAAACCAGACUGCGGCUACAAAGUGGGCCAACGCGUCGUGCUCUAUCCGUACGAGGGCGUCCCCGCCGGCUACUCCGAACUGAUGGUCGCCCCCGAACUUCAGUAUCUCAUCCCGAUUCCGGACAACCUGCCGCUGAGUGUGGCGGCCACACUUCCCACCGGGGCUCUGCUGGCCCAGAGUGCCAUCAUCUCCGCACACGCGAUCGUGGACGAACUGCUCAAGAAGCGACCCGGCGAGAAGGUCAAGAUGUUGAUCGUCGGAACCGGUGGGCUGGCGCUGUGGGCGCUUCGCAUUGCGGCGCAGCACUUUUACACGCCGACGACCAAGGACAAGAUUCAGAUCACGGUGGCCAGUCUGCGGGACGAGGGCUUCGUGAUGGCGAAGAAGUGCGAGAAAGUCAACGUGGUCCAGUGGAACGAGGACCUGUACGAGAAGCAGCUGAUUGAGCGCACGCACGACGCGUGCGAGGGCCUGGUGGACAUCGUGAUCGACUUCGGCUCGACGUCGCGCAGUCUGCACCGGUCGAUGCAGUGCCUGACGAAGGGCGGCCACGUGCUGAUCAGCGACGAGAUCGCCGACAAGCUGCUGGCCAAGUUUGCCAAGCGGGCCGAGGACCGGGGCGUGUUCAUCGAGGUCAUCCCGACGGGGACGAUCGAGCAGCUGCACCAGGUCGUCAAGCUGGUCGCGUCGAAUGAGAUUGAACCACCACCGCACACAGUAUUCCCGUCGGACCAGGCCGCCGAAGUGGUACGCAAGCUGGCCAGCUCAGAGAUUCCCGGACGUGCCAUCCUGAAAUUCCAUGAUGUCGAGUAAGGCAGAGUCCCCCUCCCCCGCCCACCCCACAGAGUCACUUACUUGUUGGAAGUCAACGAAGGAAUCCUCACACAGAGAGUUGAAAAGAAGAUGAAAACUCUCUCCAAAUUUGAAGAUAACACACAAUAGAAGAACAUAUACUUAUCGAUUAAGUAACAACAAGUAAUGUAAACCAUUAGUGAAGAAAUUAACUGGACAGAAUUUAGACCAGGGAGAGCAGUUUGUUGAGCGCGCUUGUUCAUUCUCAUUUGACUUAAGCACUCUCAAGCGAGGUGAAAGCAGAACGACGGAAUGAAGGAAGGCAAAAAACCAAAAUUACAUUAAAAUGCUAUAAAUGUAUAAUUUAUCCUAAAAGAAAGCAAAUGAAACAAGUAAAGCAAAGAAACGAAUACAAUUUAAACAAAAAAACAACAAACAAUGAUUGCAAUUACUCUAAUCGGCGAAAGGAAGAAAGUCCCUCUACAUUGAAAGUUUUAAUCCUACGUUUAGUCGAUACUAUAUUACUAGAUGUCAGUGUCUUUCAACAUUACCAAGAGAAAGGAGAAAAAGGAAAAACGAGCGGCGAUUCGCGAGUGACUAAAUCGCUAGUCGAAGUAAUAACACAAACGUACUAUAAUUUUAGUGACAACCCAAAACCGGUGAUCAAUCUUCAGGAGAUGUCUGAGCGACUCAAACUUACACAACAAGCACACACAAACACACACUACUAAGCAGUGACUAAGACUAACAGCGGCAGAAAAUUACACAAUCCGGCUUAAAUUCGUAACAAACAAAAAGGGUUUAAUUUCGUUGUACAAAACAGUCGUAGAAAUGAUAAUUCUAAAGCAAAUUAAACACACACUAACAGGGGUUUGGAAAAUCAGGGAUUUAAGAAAGAAAGAGAAUAACGGCCCAUCUAAGCAAAUUAAUCUCUUAAUUUUUGGUUGAGACCACGUGCGCGCCUCCUCAAACUAACUUAUUGAUAUCUCUAGCAACAAACAAACCUACAAAAAAAAUCAAAACAAUUACUAAAGAGAAAAAGAGAGACAAAGCAAGCGUCAAAUGAUUAAACCGUUUUUUUCUGUUGUGAUUAGGGUUCUCCCCAAAGGGGGUGCAAAGAAAAGAGUGGAGAACGCGUUUAGUCCUAAUGUUUAUGAAAUAUUUUUUUGUAUAAUUUUUCCUCCUUAAUUAUUAACAAGAAAACAAACAAAUAUGCGGAAGCAACAAGCAAACAUAUGAAGAAAAAACACGAUUACUAUUACUGGCGCAAGUGUAGCAAGCAUAACAAAGAAUUAAUACGUUACUGGAAAAUUGAAAGCAAGGAUAGCAGGAGAAAGGAAAAAAACGAGGAGAAACGUUGAAAUGAUGCGAUGUGUUUUAGGGUUAACUUUAACUUAAUUAUUAGCUUAAAAACAAAACAAAACAAGUACAGAAUGAAGAAUGAUAAAGAAGAAAAAAUAACAAGAAAUGCAAGCAAAGUAAAACAAAACAUGUGUAUUAUUGAUUUAAAAGAAAACAAACAGAAUAAAGAACCGUGUAGGCGUUUGAAGAAAGUAAA